GCAACAAUUUUGUUUCUGAACGAACUCGUAAUGUCAACACAAUUGAUUUUCCCUUUUUACGUUUUGCAUUUUGCCUCUUCUGCGAUUGUAAUAUUUGUAAUUCACAUCACAGAUUCACAUUGAAAACAUUGAGAGUUAUGCUUGAUUUGCCUUUUUUGAACACCGGCUGACACCGAAGCAGCCAUGAACGUGUUGGAGAAGGCCGAAAAGGCUUUGGAAUAUUUGAAAAACAACGAAGGUGCAGCGAAGAGUCAUGAGCUGCAGACAGCGGCUGGGACCUUGGGCCGGUGUCUAGGAGCGCUAGGGAGCCGCCCGAAUUGCGCUAGACACUAUGCAAAUUUGUUGCACACGGCGAUACCCACAUUGCUAUCUUUGGCAAGCAAUGACAGUGCAGAAGUACGUCUAGUCGGUGAUGAGGCACUGAACAGAGCUGUGGUGGGUGGUUUUGCGUUUCACUCGCACAAAACCAACAUUAUACUGCAGAAUCAGAUUGACACUACAAGAAAUGCGAGAUGGAUACGCGCAGCUCUGUCCCGUGUUUGCCUCGGCGACUGCUGGCUCCGUCCCGGGCCGGGCAAGAUCAGGUCCCAAGCACAGACCCUGUUCCCGAAACUCAGCCAAAUAGUCAGGCAGACAAGCGAAAUACAACUCAUAGUGGAAGCACUAGAGAGCAGUCUGCCUCGUAUACUCACUGCUUUGGCUGAGUAUACCACUGAUGAGGAGAUCUCAGAGUUGUCAAAGGCGCUUCUCUCCCACGCCGAGUCGUCGGAACCUGCGGUGCGACGUGGCGUGUCGUCAUGCGUAGCGCAGUUAUGUGCGCAUAGAGAACCGCUGCUCACUAAUGUACUGGCCAGGGUGUUCGAGAAACUCUGGCCCACAUCGACUGAUAACGCGACAGUGAUGGGCUGGUUUUGCGUGAUCAAAGCCAUAUUCCAACUGAACGACAUAACCAAGUUCACUGAAAACGAACUGUUCACUGUACACGAUUAUUUGGAGCUAUACAACCUCUGCAUCAACUACAUAGAACAGACCGCAAACGACCACAAUAUCCAGAAUGCAGUCUUGGAAUGCCUCAUGACCAUACUAUCGCAGGCUAAUGGCGAGUACAGAAAGGCUUUGUUGGAAAAACACCCGAUUCUCGUCAAUUUGGAUCAGAGACAAACGGAUAAAGGGCACAGGAGGAAUAUCAGUUCUACCAGCAUAAUAUCAACUCGCUACGUGCCCAGUCCAUCGUCAGAGCCAAGAGAUCAGAUGGAACUGUCUUUCAGAGGAGAACUACAGCUGGGAAGCUUGCUACAGUUGAAUACGCCGAGUUUUAGCGUUGAGGACUUGAGUAUACAGACACCAGACUCCCCAGCAAGCGAAAACGACAUACCGAUACCGUCAGCAGAACAACUAUCUAAAGAUCUGACGGAAAAACUCCAGGAAUUCGAGGAGUAUGAGAAGGAAAGUGACCAGGGUGACGCGGUCGAGCAAGUCAUGGGAGGAGCUGGAUUCAAGAUAAACAUUGGCGCGUCUACUGAUGAGGACGUGCCCCUGAAAUACUGUUCCAGACUGCUCGCCUCCAAGUACUUGCUGGCUGGAAACAAAGGCGAUCUUAUACAUGACCGGACUGUCAGAGUGUCAGUGAAGUCAUCAGCGUUGAAUUGUCUGUCAGAAAUACUGAGGCUGUUUCCUCAAGCUAUGACCAUGUACUUGGACAAGGAUGCCGAUAUCAAAACCCACAAUAUUUCGGGAUCGUCAGAAGGCACAGACUCCAACCAAGACCACAUAAACGAUUUCAUAUUAGAACGAAACGUGUGCUACCAAGAUUCCUUAACUGAUUCCCUUAGUCAAGACCUACUCAACCGAAGCUGUGAUUCUUCCCAACCCAUCUCAAAAAAGGAAUCAAAAUCAUUAGAGAAAUCUCAAGACAGCUUAGAACCAAAAAGUUCAUCUAAAGACGUCCAAAGCGCUAUACUGGAUAGCAAAGUGUACGCGAAAAACGACCUUGGUGCAAGCGAAAUAAGCGCUGAUAGUACCAACCCCAAUAUGACCAAUAGCAAUUUCACAACCAACUCAAAUAUGACUGGUAGCAACACUGGCUAUCCCAUGUCAAGCAGUGGAGAUAUAUUGUCUUCUAGCAUAGAUUUGGACAUGAAAUUCGACCAUUUCGGCGAAUCAACAACUAAUUUGGACAACCUUGACGCAUUUAGGGAUUUGGAAAAGAGAGAGGAAAGGUCUAAAAGACCGUUACAGAGAACAGACGAAGUUCAUAGUAAGGAUGCUCCAGAAAUGGUGGAUAAAAGUGUCGAUGCCAAAAGCGAGACGAUGGAUAGUAAGGAGUUUGAAUUUCAGCACAUGAGUGAUAUUAUUGUUUUGUUAGAGGGUCAUAAUGACCCCCAAAUUAGGGGGUUGGUGAGGGUCUGUAUAGGGAGCUACUUGACUGCAGCCUUGGAGAUAUCCCAUGGCGAUUACCAUCGGUGGAGGAAUUUUAGUGUACUACCGAAGGAUGUGAGCGAGAAAAUUUGUACAGAGAAGCUGGUUGGGAUUGUGUUGAAGGGCCUCUCCGACGAGAUUCACUCCACAGUUAACCAUACGCUGUCCAGCUUGACUACUAUGGCCACGGCUUUAUGCAACAGUGUGCACUGGCCUUUAGUCGUGGAAGCCCUCAAUACGCUGGACAGUGUAGAGAGCAAUAGCUACUGGCUGUGUAGGGUGAAUCUGUGUAGGCUGUACGAGAAACUGCCUUAUCAGAAAUUGUUUAUGUUGUACCCAAACUACCGCAAGAAAAGCAAGCUUAUAAUGGACACAUUGAUACGACUGUUAGCUGACCAAGACCAAAAAGUGAGGGAUGCAGCUUCACAAACUAUUGCAAAAAUAAUCCCAAAAAUCUUCCCGCCUGCCCGCGAAACGCCCACAUCAAUGGCCGCCGAAAUAGCGAAGCAGCACAGCAAGAAAUUCAUCUUCGAUCAUAGACAACUGUCUCUAGAAUUGGUCAGAGAUAUGUACUUCUACAACGACUUGCCGGACCAGUUCCGAGGGGGGGAGAUGUUGGAAUCGGAAGAUGGACUGAGGAGUGUAGUGGGGGAAUUGGUGGGACGACUGAUGACUGCUAAUUGUAAAUAUUAUUCGCAAGGUCUCAUGGACACACUCAAAGCGGUCUGCUCUCUCUGGUCUCCGUGGAGCAACCCCGGCGCGUACUCCUCGCAGGGGCUGCUGGGCUCCUGCCUGGACAGCCUGGCCUGCUGCGACGCCGCCGUCGCCGCGCGGGCCGCCGCGCUGGCCCUGUGCGCCUUCAUGUACCCAGUUGAAAUCCACAACAUAAUGAAACACAAGACAACCAACCGGGACAUCUUCGAGCGCGACUCCCAAAACGUCAGAGAGAGAUGGCAACACCUCGAGAGCGAGAAAGUUGCAAACUUAGCGGAGAAGUUUCUGCAAGUCACUUUGAAGAUGUUGAACGUGUUGGUGCAUUUGAUAGAGGAAGUUAACCCUAAUGUCCACUUGAAUAAGGGUGGGAUCGCCUUGCCUGGCAGUCCGGUGAGGCGGAAAACUCAAGAUUCGAUUCCCCGCAAGAGCAGUAACGCAUCCGACGUAGACGACAAGGGUUCCCUACGUAAGAAGGCACCCCUGCCCGCCAACAGUUUGCGGGCCAACUUCACGGGACAUUUCUAUACGGACCCCUUCUAUAUGAGGUUCUAUGACAACUUGAGGGCUGCUUAUUCUAAUCACAAGAUAAACUUAGACCCGAAAAGCAGUAUGUUCCACCAAUUCCUGACAACAGUACUAAACUGCCUCGCAGUCCAACUCGAAUUAGCAACGGAAAAAGAAUUCGGGAACGUGACCGAAGAAAUAUUAUACUACCUCAAAGUCAUCAUCCCAUUAUCACCAGAAAAAUCAGUUUACUGCGUCACACAGCUAUUAAAAUGCUUAUUCGGCACAAAUAUGAUCAACCAGUAUGUAGAUUUUCAAACUAUAGCUAACAAGAUUGAAAUUAAUAAGAAGACAAGUUUCUACCAUGACGUCAUGUUGGUGAAUGACUUUCAUAUACCGGAUAAAGAAUCCCGAAGAAGCAGUAUAAGUUCUAAUGCUAGUCAGAAGUUGUCUUUGGACAGUAAGAAUCCCAGGAUGGUAGCUGAAAGGCAAUUGCUGAUCAGUAUGGAGAAUUUUAUGAAGAACAAAACUGAUAGGAAAUGGAGCACUAAUAAAAAGGAGUUGGAGAGGUAUAUAAGGCUGUUUGAGCCGGUCGUUAUACAGGCUUUGAAGAGCUACACGAUGCAAAACGACAUACCCCUCCAGUGCAAAGUGUUGUGCCUCCUCAACCAGCUGCUGACCUUAAGAGUCAACUACUGCAUGCUGGAUAGCGACCAGGUGUUCAUCGGCUUCCUGCUGAAACAGCUGGACUUGAUCGAACAGCAUGAGAUCCCGGACUGUUGCGACCUCGUCAAUAGCAUCUUAACAUUCUUGGUACAGCUGUCCUCCUCCAAGCAUCAUACGAAGCAAAUCAUUGAGAUACCAAAGCUGAUACAACUAUGCGAUGGCUUGAUGGCGUCUGGCGCUCAUGCUGAAUGCAUCGCUGGUUUGGAGCCUGUCGCGGUCAAAGUGUUCAGUAAUAUGGGAUGGACGAGUAUAUUGGGGAGGGCGCAACAGCAAGAGGCACAGGCGACUAGAGAGGUGUUGUUUUACAUGUUGCAGAAGACCAUGCAUCAGAGAAAGGUACUAGACCUGGUUUCCUGCGUGCUGUCUCUCUCUCAAGAGCAUCCGGAAUCCUACUACAGAUGGUCGGAGUUGGCCUGUGACACUCUCCUUAAUCUAUUGAACCAGAGAUCGGUGGAAAUUGACAGUUUUGAAGCCAUAUCUUCUUUGGAGAGACUGAUAGACUCUGUGUAUAGAGAUGUUUUAUUAGAACAGAGUAGAGUCGAGUUGUUGCUGAAGAUAUUGUUCAAAGCGCCUCCUGAGCAGGCCACCACACCAUACAAGCUGAAACUGCGGUACCUCUCAAUAAUAAUGGUGCUACUGCGAAAAGUGUUAAUACUCAUUCCCGAAAGCGAGAUCCUCCUAUCGAUUAACUACUUAAAAGCCACGUGUAUAUCUCCUCACUCCAUAUUUUUCAACGUGAAACAAGAUUCGGACCCUUUAAACGUCCAAAACGUCAACGAAAACUGCGCAAACUUGUCACCAGAUGUGGUACUUGUCAGAUUCUUAUUCAAAACAUUGACAUACGCGAUUAUAGAGAUGGAUUGCUGUCAUGAGGCGAGCUGCGCCGAUUUGGACCGUAAAGAUAUGGGCGAUAAAGGACAGAAUCACAGUUUGUUGUAUGCGGUCUGCGUGAAUAUUAUUGUGCAAGUGAAGCAUAUGCUGCAUUUGACAAACGGCUGCCUUUUCCCUCUCACAGCGAAAAUAGCACAGAAUCUCCUUCACAACGAACAAAGCGGACUCAAUACUGGCUUGUACAGUCCAGAAGAGAACAUACCCUUGGAUUUGCUUAACUUGAUCUGCCUUAGAGCGGCGCACCGCGCGCCGCUACUGACUGUACACUGGUCGCACUUGUUGAUAAGAUUAAACUUCCUUUCACACAAGUACUGGCAGAAACUGAUCGGCUACGCGCGCAAUUUGCCUCUUAGCGCGAGAAGCGGAGAUACGGGAUUACUGUGCGCUGAUAUAUUGCAGAUAGCGUGCGUCAUGGCUUACUGCGAGUAUUUUUGUCUCUCCCACAAGUACUGGCAGAAACUGAUCGGCUACGCGCGCAAUUUGCCUCUUAGCGCGAGAAGCGGAGAUACGGGAUUACUGUGCGCUGAUAUAUUGCAGAUAGCGUGCGUUAUGGCUUACUGCGAGUACUUUGUAGAAAACGGUCUAACCGAAGCCAUCCAUCUAACGUGGCUGCUAGUCAACCGCGUGCACAUUCUAGUCAGCCAGUACCGGGAAGACAUUAUACAGAACCUGAUAGGCAAGGUGCAACAGAUUGGCGGCGCUUCUGGGUUGUUACUGCAAGCGGUCGCAGCGAGGUGCCAGAGCUGUUUGAAGGACGAGUUUGCUCUAAACACUUACAAAAUGCUAUCACUAUGCCACGAAAGUCAAUCUGGGGCGUUAGUGUUCUUGAUAUGUCGGAUUAUUGGGAAACUGGAACCGGCGAUAGCAAUGAGAUUCGCGAAACUGGCAGAAGAAAGAUGUAAAAUGUUAAAAGAGUUGCCAGUGGAGAAAAUAAACGUUCAGUUGUCCAAAGAAGAUGUGCAAGUUGCGCUUGAGUUGCUGCAGAGAGACAAAGUUCAUGUGCGCUACUCAACUUUAGUAAAGGAGUUGAACUCGCUAGCAUCAAGUGUGCACGAUUUAUCUCCAUUAGACCUAUCCCAAGACAGAGCAAUCAACCCCCAACACAUAUUGACUACCAAUGUGGAUAGCAACUGGUUGCUGAAUCAAGUUAAAAGCAGAUGCUGUCAAAUCCACUGUUCCUCACCCAAAGUGGCAAAACACAAUGAGUUAGCACACUUACUGUCAAACCUGUCAAAAGAAGAUCUGACAACGGUCGUGUCAUGUCCAGAAUUCGACAGGAAACUGCUAAACCCCUGUUUCAAAGUCGCAUGCGACAAUUUCAUACGAGAAUUCCUAAAUGUAGUAUCUGUUCAAGAGAGCAGAGAAGCAGAAAGGGACAAAAUAAGACACCAGAGGAAAAUGUCUAAGAGAAAAGAGGAAAUGACGUCAUCAAUCGACAGCAACAAACUCAAUGUUGUCAAUACUCUACAUGUGUUCAAAAAGAGCGACAAUAAAGAGUCGAAAUCGCAAUUCUUUAUUCCAAUAACAGACGACGAAGUCAAAGAGAAGUUUGGCAAUCUCCAGUUAUCUGACGAUGAAGUGGAUUUCGUUCCUCCAGAGAUUCCUUAUCUGUUCCAAGUGUCAGUCGCGGCAUUUGACAAGUGUUUGACAGACGUCAUUAGACUGUUCCCAAAGCAAAACCGACCUAUGAGUCAGUCAGAGAACUUCAAUUUAAAUGUAGAACUGACCAUAGACAGGUAUACAAGACGCUGCCACCAAGUUUUCCAAGACAAACUAUUUUAUCAAGAAUUUGUGAUACUCCAAACCAUUAUGUCUGGUUUCCUGAGUUCUCUAGAUAGAAUGAUAAGCAUUAUAGACGAGACCGACUGUGAUUUACUUGAGAAAUGCAUAGAAAACAUUCUACCGUCCAGUCUAGCGAAGAACAUAUCUACAUUUUGCGUUAUAUCAUUACAAUAUUUAUCCUUUUUGAUUAAGAAUAAAAAAGUAGUCGAAAGUCCCGUGCCUACUGACGUUUCUUUCCGAGUGCCGGCUGUUGUGACAGAUAACGUCAUAGUCGACAACGUCAUUCAGAUAGUGAUGGAUAACGUGGCGAAGGCGUUGACGUUUGAAGAGAUAUGGACGGAGUUGAAUACGGAAGGGAAUGUGAAUAGAACGCAGUCGGCUAUCAGUUGCUUGUAUGCUGUCGUCAAGUAUUUAGUUAAGGACACAAGACCGCUAGUCCUCAAGCAGUUCAUCCAGCAUCAUGAUUCCGGUCCGCAGCCGGAUCUGAUCAUAGUGGGCGACAAACUGGUCACGUUGAUUGACUACUGGGAGCAUAAGAGGAACGACGGGUGCAUAGCAAAGUGUUACAGAUGGCCGAUUGAGAGCUUGCUCGUUAGUUUGUCGAGGUUAGACAUAGUAAGCAACAUAGCACUAAUCCCGCCCAUAGCGUGGUCAUCCGUCGAGGUGGUGUCCAAAAACGACCAGAUUCAAAGGAUAGACCUGCCGCUCCAAGCGCUGCAAGAUAUGGAUGUUUUGGAGGCGUUUUUGUACAGAGCAAACCUCAUAGGCUGGUCUUCCAAAAAACAAUUCGAAGAGAUGUGGGUAGGCUUAGCGGGAGCAUUACAAGGCAACGGGCCGCACUGGGCCGUGCGGGGCCUGGCGCAGUUGCUACGCGGCGCCGCGCCCGCGCCCAGGGGCCGCGCGCUACACGUGCCUAGACGCACUCACAGUAUUACUAGCGGAAUGCAACGUCUCCGGAACAUCUUGGUCGGCACAUCGGCAUACAAGAUCUUCGAUGAAGUGAACUUGGAAAGGAUACCACUGAUCAACGAUGGGUAUGAAGGGCACCACUAUGCGCAGCUUAGCAUGGAGUAUCUUAAAGCUGCUGCUGGUAUAACCAACCAAGCAUCCUUCAAAGUGCGUCAAGAGCUAAAAAGGUUGAAGAGGAACAAAGACAUUGACGUGAACAGCUGCCUGCAACUACUAAUGGACGUGACUUCACAGAUGUUGGAGCCAAAAGCGCCUACAGGCACUUGUGCACGAGUGGCGUUACUAUCGUCUAUAGCCAACGUGGCGUCAGCAGGGGCUUUCUCAACGCCCGCCCAAUGGUGGUGGGCAGGCACUCUCGUGGCCUCUGCUACAGGAGCAGCGCACGCGUCGCUUGCCCAGUACAGUUGUGCGGCCCGGGCAUUAUUGCACGCGUUAUCGCUGUGUCUCGCUGCCCUCACAGCAGAUGUCGACGCCGAAACUGACGUCGCCUCGCCGAUACAGGAGUUAUCAACAGUCCACCAGAAGCUGAUCAAGUCUCUAUCAUCGUCGUACGCGCCGCUAAGACACGCGGCUCUUCAAGGCUGCCUGCUACAAGCCUCGGGUGGGCGGUUACAAGGCGCGUCGCAUAAAGAAUUGCUCGCCCAGCUAUCGGUCGCGGUUAGGCAUUACCUGGCACCGAAUGCGAAAAUAUCUCUAUACGAACAAAGCCUAUACUGGACGGUGCUGUUCACGCUUAUUGAAUUGGGUCACCCUGACUUAAUCAACAUGGCCGUGGACUUCGUGUUGCUACACCCGAGGCAUUAUUGCACGGAUCUGGUAGUCAGGGGUAUAACAACAACGAUUCGCCAACAAGUGCUACCCAAAGACUUGAAGAACUCAGUCAUAGAGAAACUUUUGGAUAACAUGAAGAGCUACUGCGAGCACCACGCGAUACAGAUAUUGUUGGUGCAUCUUUUUACAGCGGAUAGCAAACUCCUCAGUCCGAAACUCACAUCUGACGUAUCCAACAUGGAUCCCGACGUCCUCAUGAACUCUAUGGAACGCAUAACCCUCCUCUACAAAGUCCUCCGUCAAUGCAAAGAGAGAGAGAGCAAGAAAAUUGUCUCUACAACCAUCAAAUACUUCCUAAGAGAGACUUUGCCACCCGCAGCGACUUUGAGUAGAGUGGUCAUAGAGUUUAUAGAGAGUUGCAAAGAGACCGAAAAGAUAGAGGUGGGGAUAGUGGGCGAGAGAGACAGAUGGAUCGACUGCUCGGUGCUGAAUGCUGAAAUCGUUUUUGAGGUAUUCGAAACAGCAGUAACUCAAGACCAACUGCCAGUGCUAAGCGGCUGGAUCUUCGAAGCCCUCUGCCACUUACUCACAGGAAAGAUAUCCUUAGAACUCUUACCAUACUGCCUCUUAACCUUACUUGUUUCAGCCAGUUCAAACCAGUUCAUCAGAAAGACUUCCCCACUAGCAUACCAUAUUCUAAAACUAGGCUUCCACAAAUGCGGGGAGAGGGGAAAUAUUUGGGGUAUUUUUAGGGACUUUUUAAAGCAAAACGGGGUGACCAUGUCGUUCUCGGAUCGUAGGAUGUUGUGUGUGGUGGCCACGCAGUCGAAUUUUAGCGGAUCUCAAUUGGACCGGUUGAGGGAGUUGUGUAAAGAAAUGGGAUGCUUGAGUGAUGUGACGCAAUGCUUGUCGGCUUAAUGUGAAACUUUUUGUGGUCUUUUAUGACAGUUUUCUCUGACAAGCUCCUGAAUUUAAGGAUCCCCUACAGAAAUUAAUGGAAAUUGCAUUUCGCCAAUAUUUAGAUGUCACCUGUGAAAUUGUGGCUUCUAAAACCAAGUCAAUGCCAUAAACAUUAAAAAUAUUAAGUAACAUCUAGUAUGGUGAAAUCAGUGAAAUGUUGCCCUCAAUAUUCAACAACCCCGUGGAACCACAUAGUCUCUAGCUAAGGGAUACCUACUUAGGGGUAGGGGCUUGUCGGUAAAACGGGGUUCAGUGUUAUUAGAAAUUGAAUAUAAGGCAAGGUGUUCAUUAUUUGCAAAGUCAGUUAAAACAAAGUUAGUGUGUUGUGUAAGGCCCAGAACAGACGGUGAAACGCAACUGCAACGAAACUGCAACUUUCUGAUGAUUCUGAUGAAUGAAACUGAAAGUUUCAAACUGGUCGCGUCAUGUGUGGUCUCUCAACGGACGCUUUGGCAGAAACUUAGAUGCAACUCAAAGUAACUAGCAGUUGCAGUUUCGUUGCAAUUGCGUUUCACCGUGUAUUCUGGGCCUUAGAGUCUUUCAAAGUGACAGUUUAAACUCGAUUCAAUUUCAAGAAUAAAUUGAAGCUUUUGACGUCUGGACAAAAUUUGUGACAGAGAUUGAUGAUUUUUCGAAAAAUGAUCUUGUUAUAAAUAACUAAAAUUGUAUGAAUAAAAAAAAUAUAAUGAUUUCGUAUAGUUGGCAUCACGUUCGGUAAACAAAAUUAAAUGUAAAUCGAUAGAGAGAAAACAUGUUUCUGAAUGAAAGUAAUUACUGCAAUAAACAAUUUCUUUCCUUAAUCGGCAGAUCAGAAAAAAAAACUUAACUACGUUUAAACAUUAAAAAGUCACCAUCAAGUUAGGAUUUAAAUUAGAAAUAGAUGAAAAAGUUACCAUGAAAGGAAUUUGUAGAAGAUUUUAGUACAAACUUUUAAAAAGUUCAUUAGGUAAAAUUAAUUAGGAUGAAUUCUAACUUUUUCGGGGUAAGAAAUUAUAUUCUUUUAACGUUUGUAGUAGAGAGACAUCUUCCGUACGAUGUAGUAAGGUCACUUGCUUUUUGCGCUAUUGUGAACACGUGUAUUUUGUAAGAACUAGUUUCUUUAAAAAAAAUCUACUGCUAUAGUCUGGUCUGUGAGCACGUAGAAUUUUGUCCAAUGACCCCAAGCUACCCAUCCUUAUCGCUCGCGCGUAAUUAUGUUGCUAUCGCGCUCGCACACUCACUGCGGGCGCCCGUCGCACAGUCGCGACAGCAAUAUAAUUACGCGCGAGCGACAAGGAUGGGUACUAUGGGUAGCUUGGGGUCAUUAGACAAAAUUCUACGUGCUCACAGACCGGGCUUUAGAAGUGAGAAUACAACCCACGACAUUUCGCUUACCGGGUGAUUCAAUGAUAUUUUUGCAAGAUAAAAAGAAUGUUAUAGACAUUUAGUAAUUAACCGCUUGAGUCCCAGACGGCAUUAAUUAAUGUCAUAACAAUUGAUUAUCUAUUGUGUCUAGAUUCGCGGGCCUUGAAGGAUUAAUGGACAAUCUCAAAAAGCAGUGUUUUAUUUGUGACUUAAAAACGAAAAUGCUUUACAUGGAUAGUCAGGAGGAUUUGAUGAGUGCUACUGACAACGCCACUCUUGUGGCGGAGUUUUGGGCUGACACUGUGUAGGUUUGUUGUCGACACGAAAAGAAGAAGAAUGGAUAGUCAAAACCAUAGACCAAUGGUCUAUUUUGUUGUGAAAACCUUAUUCUAAAUUGUUUAAAAAUGAAACAAUGUACAACCCGAUCGAGCUAACUGCGCAUCUCGUUGGAAUGCUAUUCUCCCGCACACUUAAACUUCUAAAUCCGCCUGGUUAGCUACCACCAUCUUACCUGAGUCUGUCGCCACAACAACAAUGUUAACAGCAUUGUUGUGUUCCGGUAGUUGGAGGUAAGAUAGCCAGUUUCUCCGAGGUUGAGGAUUCCGGGUGAAGCUUGCUUCCACCUUCGGCCUGAUCAUCACUUACCAUCAGGUGAGAUACAGGCCAAGAGCUUCCUCGUUGUGGAUAAAAAAAAUUAAAAAAAACUUUCCCGCGUUCACCCCGUCCGUACCAGAGCGACGAUGUGACGUCACGGCCGCUGGGUGCGCAGUUAACUCAAUCAGUUGUAUAAUUGCAGCCUUAAAUAUUACAAAAUGGUGGUUACAUUAAACUUGUUUUGUAGUUAGCUAGUUUGUUAAUUCUUAUUUAUUCAUUGUUAUAAUCUUUGUAUUUAUAUUCUUAAGUAUUACAUCUGUCGAAACUCACUCUCGUAUGUAGAAAUUAGAAAGGGAUAGAAAGGCUUUAUAGAACGUCUCUUUCGUUUAAACCAUGUGGUAUGUAAAGCUAAGACUAGAUGAACAAAUCUACCAAAAGCAUGCAUUGUGAACUUUGUAUUUAUUUUCAACCCUUUAUAGGGCACAGCAUUUAAAAAAAAAAUGUUUUUUAUCUUUGAUCUUAUGAUAUGUAGCUUAGAUUUAAAUUACGGUAGCAAUAUGUUGGACAGAGCCCUUCAAUGGGUUAAGUGGUACUUCUGUGGUUUAAUACCACAGUAAUUAUCAACUUUCACCAUUCCAAAAUUGUAAGUACAGUACGAUUUUAUUAAUAGAUUGCAUGCUAUUUUGAAGAUUAUGAAAUUUGGGAUACUUCAUCAUCGAAUAGAAAAAUUCGUUGAAUGUUAAACAUGUAUAGUCUGGUCUGUGAGCACGUAGAAUUUUGUCCAAUGACCCCAAGCUACCCAUACUUAUCGCUCGCGCGUAAUUAUGUUGCUAUCGCGCUCGCACAAUCACUGCGGGUGCCCGUCGCACAGUCGCGAAGGCAAUAUAAUUACGCGCGAGCGAUAAGGAUGGGUGGCUAGGGGUCAUUGGACAAAAUUCUACGUGCUCACAGACCGGGCUUUAGCUCCAUUUGUUCUUAGUUUAGUGUACACUGUGCUUUAGUACGAAAAGGUGGACAUUUUGAUUUUCGACCUUAUGGUGAGGCAACAAGGUUUUAAUAAUGGUGACUACAAUAAUCAAUGCUUGUAAACACAUUUAUAUUUGGUACUAUUUUAGAGUUAAAAUUGUAAGGUUGUAGCCUGCAGGAUUUGAUAGAAUAAUAGCAAAAUAUAUUUUUAAUAUACAUGAAUUAAUUGUCACAAUUAUGUAAUGCUCGAUUUUUGAAUCUUUGGUUUCUAAACUGGCAUAAAAAUCAAUACAGGGUGUUCUAAAAACAUAAAUAAAUUAAAGAGAAACGCAAGUAAAUAAGUGGUAUAAGAACUUUAAGAACAGAUUUAUUCUAAAGCGUUAUAGUAUAACACCCUGUAUAGAAAAGUCAAUUUCUUUAAACAAUAAUGGUCACUGAACAAUAAGGGAGCUUUUAAUGGUGUAAUUUAUAGACUAAGAUGACGUUGUACAAUGUAUAUUUAUGAAAUUAAUUGAAAUUAUAUUUUAAUGCAAAGCUUACGCGUGAAGUACCUAAUAAAAUAGUGAUAACACCGCGA